CUGGCUUUUGAACAUUAUUCACAUCAGUGACUUGGAAGAGGGAGGCGCAGCACCGCAUACAAGGAGAGAUGAUCAAGCUACCAAAAUGGUUGAGCCGCAAGAAGAGCAAUGCGUCGUCGAUUCCUCCCGGUAUCCCCCCCUCUGCUGCGAUGACUGCUCCGCUGCGGUCCCAGAGCUCUCUAAGUGUGCCGACGGCGUCUCGUCUGCAAGGCAAUGGCUCGACACUCCAAACGACCGCCCCUCCCAGCCAACCUCAACCAGAACCGCUGCCGUUCCAACACCCGCUUUACUCGAUGGACGUCGACGGCAUGAUCCGAUUCAAAGCGACGGGGAAACAACUCGAUGAGAACGACAUCGCUAUCCAUCAAGAAGAAAUCCUCAACGCUGUCGUCGGGUACGUACAAGACACGAUGAAGCGCGAGAUGGGGUUCCAGGAAGUGUACCUACCUUCAAACAGCCCCCAGCACCUCAAAUGUAACGUGUUUGUGUCGUCCAACUACCUCACCGCCAAGAAACUCGUGCUCUUCGUCGCCGUGUCCCGCGGCCUCUCUCCCGGCAUUUGGAGUCGAGGCCUCAUCUUGAACUCUGGCGUCCGUGCAGGCUCCAUGCUCGCGUACUUCCGCAAGGCGCUGGACGAAGGCUACGGAAUCAUCGUCCCGAACCCAAACAAGAACGCAGUCAUGAUGCGCGAUUCCAACAAGAAAGUCCCGAUUCCAGGGUCGGCAUCGCCCGAAGAGCACAUGGACUCUGUCUGGGACGCGUUCGUGUCUCCUGCCGACGCCAAGCGCGUGUUUUUCAUCGGGUACUCGUACGGGGGCGUGUUGGUCAAGUACCUGCUGCAUUCCCGCGGCGAAGCGCUUCUCCGUCGGAAUGGCGCCGUCGCGUUGAUCGAGUCGUCCCAUCGUAUCGAAGACGGCGACUCCCAGACCGUCAAGUCCCUCCUGGCCCAUCGCGCCAUGUACUGGGAAGUGAACCACGACGUGCCCCUCCAAGCCAAAAUGGACGGCGACGCGCCGUACCGCACCGGGUGCACAUGCCUCUCGGCGGGCAAACCCCCCCGGGUGCUCACGAAUCACUACUUUGUGGCCGCGUUUUGCAUCAAGACCGUCAUGGACCCCCUCUUCCGUUUCCUAAACGUCCGUGAUGCCACGACCUAUGUUGACACGGAAAAGAACCGACCGGCCGACUUGCCGCCGCCUCCGCCUGCAUCGAUUGACGACGGCGGCGGCAUCUACACCAUGGACACGUCCACCAACACGUUCCGUCCCGACAUGAAGCGCACGCAAAGCGGCAAGUUCAACAACCCUGGCAGCGAGAAACACUGCAACCUGUGCUUGUUUCACUUUACGUUCUUGGACCGCCGCCACCAUUGCCGCAUGUGCCAUCGCGCCGUAUGCAAUGCGUGCUCCCGCGACCGGCUGUUCAUGCCAGGUGCAUCCACCGCCCAGCGCGCAUGCACGGACUGCGCGUCGGACGGCAACAAGCCAUUCCCGCCCCCCGAGAGUCUCCUGCGCCAGCAAUCGGGCGGCAGCAACGUCGGCAGCAACUCGACGCGCGCCAACUCGAGCGGCAGCAACGCCGACCAGCUAGCCACCGACCCCCGCGAAGACCGGAACCGUUCGACGUCGUUUGGCGAAAAGCUGGCCAAGUCAAAGUUGGGCGUAGAGGACUUUGACCUGCUCAAAGUGAUCGGGAAGGGUGCGUUCGGCAAGGUCAUGCUCGUGCGCCGCAAGGACGAUGGAACAGAAGACAGCAUGACGGGCGCCACGUACGCGAUGAAGGUGCUCAAGAAAGCCAACGUGUUCGCCAAGAACCAAGUGGAGCAUACCAAGUCGGAGCGCCGCAUCCUUCGCGACAUCGACCAUCCGUUCGUCGUGCGGCUGCGGUAUGCGUUCCAGACCGAAGAUAAGCUGUACCUGGUCAUGGACUACUACACGGGCGGCACACUCUUCUUCCACUUGCGCAAGUCGCGCAAGUUUUCCGAAAAGCGCUCGCGGUUUUACGCGGCGCAACUGCUCGUAGCCAUGGGGCACCUCCACGACGUCAACAUUGCGUACCGCGACCUCAAGCUCGAGAACAUCCUCAUGGAUGACAAGGGGUACGUGGCGCUGACCGACUUUGGGCUGUCCAAGGAGAACGUGGACGUGCCCGAUGGCGCCAAGACGUUCUGCGGCACGGCCGAGUACAUCGCGCCGGAGCUGCUCAAGGGUCUGAGCUACGGCAAACCCGUCGACUGGUGGGGCUUUGGCACGCUCUUGUUUGAAAUGAUGACGGGGCAGACUCCGUUCUUUGACAAGAACCGCAAAAAGAUGUUUCACAACAUUUUGCACCGCGACGUGAUUUUCACGCCCGCGUUUUCCGAGGACGCCAAGGACCUGUUGACCAAACUGCUGUUGAAGGACCCGGCCAAGCGACUGGGAAGCGGCCCAUCCGGCGCGCAGGAGAUUAUGGACCACCCGUUCUUUGCCAGCAUCGAUUGGGAUAAAUUAUUGCGCAAGGAAGUGGACGCGCCGUUCAAACCCGUGGUCACGAACGAGCUCGACACAGGCAACGUUGCCCCCAUCUGGACGCGAGAAACCCCCCGCGAUUCCCCUGUGACGUCCCAGCAACUGGGCGCCACCGCGCGAGCCGCCAACCAUUUCGAAGAUUUCACAUACAUGCCGUCCAAUGAAAUGACGAAAAACGUUUGACCAACCUGAUUUGGUCGCUCCGUCUGCUACCUGCCGCUGCUGCUGUCAUCCAUCGUGACUUGUACUCUACGUAUAAUAUUUACAAUACAAGUUAUACGUCAUGCA